UUGUUUUUAUGUCUUCUUCCUUCUGUGCUGACAAUACUGUUUACCCCCUCGAAAUUAAGUUUUUACGGGCUGAUCUGCGAGCUCAUUCCCUAGCGGAGGCUGAGGAUUUUAAACCGGCUCGGCUGCAGACGCGCACUUGCGAGGAGCUGUUUAUCUUUUAGCUAAUUUAAUCAGAGGACAUUACGGAGAGGGGGUUGGGGAAGGACAGGCAACGAUACAGAAAAUCCAGCAAGAUCGUGUGCUUGCGAGGGCUACAGCGGCCUUGAUUGUAUAGCAAAGUGUUAAAAAUGAGUGACCCGAGUGCAAAGGGCAAUCAGGCCGUCUCUCAGAAAGACAAGGAUGGAGCAGAGAAGAGAGGCCGAGGCCGACCGCGGAAACAGCCCAAGGAGCCCAGUGGGUCUCCCACUCCAAAGAGACCCAGAGGCAGACCGAAGGGCAGCAAGAACAAGACCACCAGCAAGAGCAAAAAAGCUGUGGGCGCUGUCGAGGAGAAGCGCAGGGGCAGGCCCAAGAAGGAGGAGAAAGAAGAGCAGGGAGCGAAGGAGUCCUCUGAGGAAGAGGAGGAGGACGAAGAGCAGUAACUGCCGCUACUGUGCACUACCUCAUCAUUCAACGUACUGACUUCCUGUCAAUCACAGCUGGACUGAAACUCCAAAACCACCCCACCCCCGGUUCUCACCCCCCACAGAGGGGGGGUGUGGUCUUAUAUACCUGAUACUUGCAACGGCACUGGAAGGAAACUUUUCUAUAUAAAUAUAUCUGUAAUGAUUAUGUUCUGCCUAUCCAUAUUUAUGUAUCUGUAAAAGAAAAGGACUAACUGGCAACUCCCCACUGUUUCAUAGCAGGCUUUCAGACCAGUGCACAUGGUGGUCUUUCCUACUGGGCAAAGUUGAAUUUGUGUAUUUACUUUUCCUCCUUUGUAAUUUUGUUGAUUGUGUGUGUGUUUGCGUGGUAAUUCCAGAGAAAUUGACUCCUUUCAUUCAUUUAGGCUAGGGAUGGUUAUGAGGUAGAUUGUUGUAGCGUAUUGUGGUGAGUGCUUCUGCCCUUGGUCCUAGUGUGUAGUGUUUUGUAGCCGACCUCUGCAUAGUGUAGCUCCACAGAAGUUCAGUUCCUGCCUCCCUCCUUUACCGAAUACAUAGGUUGUCGUUUUAAAAGGUGCUUUUUGUUGCAUGAGACCUGAAAGCAUUGUACAUGUUUUUAUUAUACUACUGUCAGAGUGUUUGUAGUGAGGGGUGAAUGUAGCAGAAGGAGGUGAAGGGCCGCCGUUACGCGGUGGUUUUGUUGGAGUGUGUAGCGGGCCACUGACAUGGUGCUAAAAGGGUAGGUCACUUGCUGGGCAGCCAAACAUGGCACAGAAGUGGCAGGGCUGCUGUAGUACUGCAGUGCUCUUUCAUUCAGGUCAGUCUAGCAUUAAAGCCAGCAGCUGUAGAACUCCCUCACUUGCCUGCCUGUCUGAAUGGUGUGCUUGAAUGCCAGGGAGUGGCUGAGUUAAACUCUUCAGUUAAGCCCUGGAGGGGAGGGGGGGAUGUGUCCCCACCUCUGGUUCAAUCUGGGAUUUUUUUUUUUUUUUUACCUCACUUGCUGCAGGCAGUCUGGCUGCACUCAGGUAGCGGAGGAGGAAUCGUCAGCAAACCGCAAACUUUAGAGAAAAUGAUGAAUAUAAAAAGCCUGGGAUGAUAUCCCCAUGUGAGGAGUUUAACAGAUUGUUUUAAAUUGGAAGGGCAGAGCAUUUUGGGGGGGGCAUUUCAGGUCCUGUUUUGCUGCUUGUGUAAACGUUUUUAAUAUGGUGUAUUUUCCGUCUCUUCUCUCCUGGGGUGUGGGGCUCCUCCCACUCUCAGCCUGCAGUGCAUGCUGCAGCUCAGUUAUCCGGUGUACUGCUACUGGGCGGCCUCUGGCCACGCCCACUCCAUACCUCACUCUACCACAGCUGACUUGAUCUUACAUUUAACUGGUUCAAUUGUAUAUAAUUCUGGGAAGAGGGAGAGACUCCCACAUGCUGGGAUGGUCUUUGUAGGUUCUGAUGUGUUGGCAGUUUGGAUUGUUAACUCAUUACUUUUAAACAUUUGUUUUGGGGUUUAAAGAUGUCCGCUUAGUGUGGGCGGUGCACACACACACACACACACACACACACACACACCCCCUCAUCUGUGAAAGUCUGGCUUUCUAUGGAAAUGGUCUUGCACUGCACAGUGAUGUGACACAAACCGAACUCGUCAGGGACACGUCAAAGAAAUUGUCCACUUCUGUAAACCUCCACUGAGAGAGGGGUGAGUUUCUGUGGUGUGUUAGUGCCAGGUGGGAGGGGCUGCAAUGGGAGGUUACCACGGCUACGCUGCCGAUACAGCGCCACUCACCUGGAGGGGUGGGUUACCUCGCCAAAAGGCUGUUCUCAUAGAAACGGACACUGCCUAGUCCUGCGCUUUCCUGCCAUUUAAAUAUUAGUCAUGGAGUUGGACAUUCUCUGGGCGGAGGAGACAUUCCCUUUGUG